GACUUUGUGGAGAACGCGUGGUGGAAAGCAUCCCCGCCGGGUGGCGCUGGGCUGCUCCCCGCCGCGCGGCACGAGUCGGAGGUCGUGGAGUUCGACGCGGGCGUCCACGAAGUGGACCAGGUGAUUUGGGCUCGGUCGCUGACGCCACUGGACCCGCGGACGGACGCGUGCUCGAGCGUUGGCGACGAGGACUCCAAGAUGAGACGACUUCGAGAGCGCGUGGUGGAAGUCCCAAGCCCCGCCAACGAGGCCUCAUGCACGCCUGCCUGCACGGACGGAUCCGUACUGCUCGCCCUCCAGCGACGAGUCGGAGGAGACGCGCACGUCCUGUACGGGAGCUGA